GAGCAGGCAGGAGCAAUCAGGGGUCAGAGAAAACAACGAGUCAACCAGGUGUCAACAGAGAUUUUUCCUUGUCCAUCAGAUGUCUGGGUGGAGCGCGUGAGGGCCGUCAUAGCUCAAAGCUGGAACUUCCAAAUUCUCGAAAAGAAACUUUGGGUGUUCAGGUGGCACCACCUGUGCUUCACGUAUGAUCACGAGCAGCGCCUGCUGAGCAGCUACGUGGACGGCCGCCUCAACGCCCGCCACGAGAUCCACAUCAACAGUUACAUUGCUGGGGACGGGGCGGUGCUCGGGCAGGGCGUCGACCCUCGGAGGAGCUUCAGUGGGAACCUUACUCAGGUCAACGUGUGGGACUACCCUCUCGCCGAGGAAGAUAUUCGCCGCAUGGCCGAGUGUGAGGAAGACAUGCAGGGUAACUAUGUCUCCUGGGACGUGGGCUGGACGCUCUUAGAAAUCACCAGUCAUGAAGUGCCUCUCCAAGACCUUUGCAAGCGUGACGACGACACUUACUACUUUUGGUUUCCGGCACUACCUUACGAAACCGCUCGCUUCCUGUGUCGGGCGCUGGGAACAAGCCUCCCGCCCGGCACUGAUAUAGAAGAAGCUAUAACCUUAACGAGAAUUGCCCAAAGGAAAUUUCAUCACACACACAGCUGCUUUUGGGAUUAUUGGAUAGCCCCUAAUGACAAAAAAGUAGAGGGUGUGUGGAUGAUGGAUGGUAUUCCUCUUCAUGAUAAUAUUGCCUGGAAGACUACUGAACCCAACGGCUUGCACUACGAAAACUGUGGCGCUUUAGCCACUGUUGGUGUCUCUGACAUCGAUUGUGAAACAAAUUUGAAAUGUGGUGUUUGUUCCUUCAACGAUCUUCAGAGGUUUGCCCUCCUAGGCACGUGCGAGUCAGAGCUGCGGAACUAUUACUACACGGCGUUCCAGCGUGAUGAGGAGGAGCUGGUCUUCAUUGGUUACGGAGCCUACCAGAUUUCGCGAUUCAACGGAACCUGGACGUUGACCGAUGUUGUCAAAGACGUGAUCAUCGCUUACCUGGAGGAGACUGAGCCAGACUAUCCAAUGGGUCGACUCUGGUGGCGGCUGGAGCAACCAGUGUGUGACCAGAGGGCCGGCGGUCGGCGGAGGAUGCUGCUGUCUCCCUGCCCGCCCGGCCACUUCACUUGCGACGACGCCACCUGCAUCCCGCUGCCGCAGCGCUGCGACCUCAAGUACGACUGUGGUGACAACAGCGACGAGCUGGAGUGCGAGUCGGUGUCCUUCCCGGACGGUUACCAGAGGCACCUGCCGCCCCGCCGCGGGGACUCGGAGGAGGCGGCGCUGCCCAUCGUGCUGACCGUCAGCGUGGAGUCGCUGGCCGUCAAGACCAUCGACAUGGUGAUGGAGGUGUCGUACCAGCUGAUGCUCACCUGGAUGGACAACCGUCUGCUGUACCAGGACCUCAAGGAGGACAGCACCCUCAAUGUGCUGCCGGCGGACGUGGUGGAGCGGCUGUGGACCCCACAGGUGGGUUUCAUCAAUACCAUCAAGAGCGAACACACCCUCAUGGACGGCGACACCAUCAUGAAGGUGGACCGCCUCGCCGACUCCAUCGGCAUGAAGCCCGCCACGUCCGCAGAAGUUGAGCUGUUCUCCGGGGUUGGCAACACGUUGACAGUAGGGAGGAAAUACGGGACAUCGUACAUGUGUGACCUCUCUCUCUUCCUCUACCCUUUCGACGUUCAACAAUGCUUUAUGCACCUCAGGAUCUCGUCCGCCACCAAGUUUUUCUUGCUGUUUGACCGGAACAUGUCCUCCGUUAACUAUACCGGCAACCACCUUCUCGUGGAGUACGAGGUGGGUGACCUUUCCCUGGUGCACGCCGACGAGGAUCAGUUCAGCGAGGUCAAGGUGAGAGUCCCGCUCACUCGGCGCGCGGGCUACGCGAUUCUCAACAUCUACCUGCCCACGCUGGUGCUCCUCGUCGUGAGCUACGUGACGCUCUUCAUCCGGCCGGCCAUCAUUGACGUGAGGAUGACCUCGGCCCUCACGGUGCAGCUCGUCAUUGCGACACUCUACUCCCAGGUGUCCGCCUCUCUGCCCAAGACUUCCUAUUUCAAGAUGGUCGACUUGUGGCUGAUUUUCUGCAUCGGCAUUACCUUCCUUACUAUCAUCUUCCACGUGGUGGUGGACAACGUGAUGCACGGACAGUCAUCUCCAGGCGGCACUAGUGUGUGGGUGAGCUCACUGGCCAAAGUUAAGCUGGGCCCGUCAGUCCCGGGAACCAUGGGUGCCACUGAGGCCUCGCAGUACCUGCCUAGGCAGGGGGUACUAGGACAGCGGGUCGUUUUGGCCACGAAGGUGAUGGUAGCGGCUGUCUUUUUCGUCUUCAACAUUGGCUACUGGGGCUUCAUACUGAGCCAGUGACGGGGUGACUUCCUGGUCCACAUGCAAAGACUGAGGGCGUUAGAAGGGUCACCACAGUGUGAAAGAUUGCUGCGGGGUUUGGACGAAGUUACGCAGCCACACGCACAGCAUAUAUUCCAUCACUGUUUAUCUGGCGACACCUGCCUACCAUACCUAGUAUAGGCUGCACUGUAAGAUAAUGAUUUCCUCCUUAAUAGCACAUCGUGACUACCUACCGUGUUGAUGUAUCUAUGUUAUAAUGGAUAGCCUCUGGUUGUAUUAUAAUUGUAUUGCGUACGUAAGACAAUCCCUACAGAGUGGAGCUGAAUCUGUGAUUUCCUUAACUUCUGAAAACUAGUCAAGAAAAUAAAUUUACACAUUUGUAAGUUGGCAAUAUAUAUGCG